CGUGACCACAACAUUAUGACCAAGUGCCGAGAAGUUGGCAUCACUGUAACGUCCAGGGUCUCGCACACCUUGUACAAAUUGGACAAUAUUAUAGAACGUAAUGGAGGGAAGGCACCAUUAACAUACCACCAGUUCCAAGCGCUGAUCGCGAGUAUGCCCCCGCCGCCCCCGGCCGAGGCCGCCAUAUCCGUGCGGAUGUUAAAUGGAGCCAUCACGCCGCUUUCUGACGAUCACGACGAUCGCUUCGGCGUUCCCACUCUCGAAGAACUUGGAUUUGAAACAGAAGGACUAAAGCCUCCAGUUUGGAUCGGAGGUGAAAAUGAGGCGCUGUUAAGGCUGGAAAGGCAUUUGGAGAGGAAAGCGUGGGUUGCAUCGUUCGGACGUCCAAAAAUGACACCACAGUCUCUACUAGCUAGUCAGACAGGACUGUCGCCUUAUUUAAGAUUCGGUUGCUUAUCCACAAGGUUGUUCUAUUAUCAGUUGACUGAGCUGUAUAAAAGAAUUAAACGUGUACGACCGCCAUUAUCUUUACACGGACAAAUACUUUGGAGGGAAUUUUUUUAUUGCGCCGCGACAAGGAAUCCGAAUUUUGAUCGCAUGGAAGGAAAUCCAAUAUGUGUACAGAUCCCUUGGAAGAAAAAUCAAGACGCUCUCGCCAAGUGGGCAAAUGCUCAAACCGGCUUUCCAUGGAUAGACGCAAUAAUGACCCAACUGCGGGAAGAAGGCUGGAUCCACCACCUAGCUCGACAUGCGGUCGCUUGCUUCCUCACUAGAGGAGACCUUUGGAUCUCCUGGGAAGAGGGCAUGAAGGUGUUUGAUGAGCUGUUACUGGACGCGGACUGGUCGGUGAAUGCGGGCAUGUGGAUGUGGCUCUCGUGCUCGUCCUUCUUCCAGCAGUUCUUCCACUGCUACUGCCCCGUGCGAUUCGGUCGAAAGACUGAUCCUAAUGGCGAUUUUAUUAGGAAGUACAUUCCAGUGCUGAAGAACUUGCCGACGCGGUACAUCCAUGAGCCCUGGGUGGCUCCAGAGGCAGUGCAACAAGCGGCCAACUGUGUCAUCGGACGUGACUACCCUCUACCCAUGGUCGAUCACGCGAAGGCAUCGCAGAUUAACAUUGAGCGAAUCAAGCAGGUCUAUGCGCAGCUCGCCAAGUACAAGCCGCAGCAAGGUCCAUCAAUGACACAAGUAUUGCAAAGGCCGAAUGUUAUGCAAUCAUCCCCAAGUCCAACCUCCAUAAUAGCCAGUAUAAAUCAGUCCAACUAUUUAUGUAGUCAGGCGCCAGAUCCGGCACCACAGUCAUCUUCUUCAAGUCAAUACAAAGAAGAUGACAUGUUUCUUCGUCCUACUAAAAAUAGUAUUCGAGGAGCUGGAAUGGCAAACAGGAAUACACUCUUCAAACAGGUUGUUAUUGUGCAACAAGCACAAAAUUCAAGAGUACAACAAAAUACUGCAGAAAACAAUUAUGAUAUGAAUGGUGUCAAUAGAGAGGCAGAUAAGUCUUUUAAGAUAAAUAAUAAUGCUAUGCAGAACUCUGAAAAAUCUGAGAAUUAUGAUUUCAAGAACUUAGUUAUAAACAGUGGUAGUAAAAAGUUUUGUAACAAUCCAUUGGUAUAUAUAAACCAACAAACUAACAAGACCGAGUAUUAUGACCAAGAUGUCAAAAUUGAUGAAUACAGCACAAGCAAGCCUAAAUACUUUUUUACCAAUAAUGGAGUAAUCCCUCACAAUGAUACCAAUCAAAAUUUUACAUCUAACUAUGGGAAUAAUUAUAACAGAAAUGAAAUAAAGGCCCAUGUAAAAAGUGAAGAUGUUGAAAAUGAAAAUAAAAUGAACAUCAACAGUCCAUCUGAUUCUAAGCGUACAACAGAUACAAAUAAAUAAUUUAAUUUUUAAUUUCGA